GAGUUCAAAAUGUAUUAUCGAAAAUGAAAGCGGAGCGCACAAAGGCGCGUGUGAGCUCAGCGCUGACGCGCGCCGUUGUGUCUUCGGAGCAGCUGGAGUGAAGGUAAACCUCGCUCAUGGCCGUCGAGGGACGAAGUGGAGUCAGGGGGGUACGAUGCAGCGAAGAACGGGAAUGUCAUGGCGGCGGACGCUGGCAGGGGUAGGUAGGUAGGUAGGUAGCCAGCCGCGGGAUGGGAGGCACUGUCGGUCAGGCCAGGUAUGGCGAAGCGAGCACGACACGCGUCGCGAUGAGUUGAGUGAAUCACGGAUGAACGCUUUGCGAAACGAUCGAUCGGCCGCGCGGACGCGGCGGCAACUCGGCUUUCCCUACCACGGCGAAGAGACGGGAGAGCGUGGUCGCAAAUGCAAACGUGAGAAGAAGAUUCGCGCGCGUUUCGGCGUCAUGUAUCCGAGGUUCGUGCUGCUGCUGUUGCUCGUCGUUGGCUGGGAAACGAGGUAUGUGCUGGCCGACGCUGAGACGCGACCCGCCAGCGCCAGCACGACGACGAUAGUGAGUAUCGGCAAGUGUUGCGAGCCCGAGGAGCUGCUGGUGGACGACCAGUGUACGCCUGUAAAGGAGACCAACGAAACCAAGUGGCGACCGGAGUUCGUGAAGGAGCGUCGAGGCGCGGCGGCGAGGAGGACGGGAUUCGUCGAGCCUGGAUACGAGCUGAAGAUCGGACGGCCCAGAUGCGACCCCGACGAGCACCAGUGGCACGUGUACUACUAUCCGUCCGGGCCGGAUCGGCUGGCGAUCCUGCCGACCGGCGUGUUGCGCCACUACAUUGUCGAUCCGGCCAAGGGUAUGGACGAGAAUCGUGGCGUCUACGGCGUCGCGAUGUCGAGUCUCGAUGAUUUCUACGAUGACGACGAUGACGACGACGAGGAGCGCAGAUCCAUACACCACGACUACCCGUUCGGGCAUUACUGUGCCGACAAGGUGGUGCUCAGCGGGGAUCGGCUGGUGGCGACGUACGCCAUGCUUUGCGUGCCGGAUGUUGCUGUGCGCUGGACCGACACCAACUACCUGAUGAAGCACGCGAUCGAUCCCGCCUUCCACGCCGUGUCGAUGGCCUGCUAUCUGAUCGUCGCGGUGGUCUAUUUCGUGCUGCCGCAGCUACGCGAUCUCGUCGGCAACAUCGUCACCAGCAUGGCUCUCUGCCUCAUGGUCAAUCAAUGCGCCUCCACCGUCAGGAUAUUCACAGAGUUCGGCAAUCACGUCAGCUUCAUGGUCGCCGACACGGUCAUGUACGUUUUCCUGAUGGCCGCCUUCUUCUGGCUCUGCGCCCUGGGCUACUACGUGUGGAAUACGUUCAGGUCGCGCAACGUUUUCCUGCGGGUAACCGACGGCAAGAAGUACUGUUACUAUUCGUCCUGGGUCUGGACCCUGACGAUCUGCAUAGCCGGCACGGCGAUCUUCGCGCACUUCGCCCUCGAGACGAACAAGCCAACCGUGGGUGGCGCAGGCUAUCCUGCCCAAGAGACCGUUGGCUGGCUCGGGCUCUCCGUGAUGUUCAUGUGUGUCGCAUUCACCGUCGUGAUCGAUCUGUGCUUGAUACUGACCACCGCGAACAGGAUCAAGCGAAUGAGCACGUACGGCCGUAUUCAUCACAAAUUGAAGUACAGCUUCCGGAUGUUCGUUUUUCUCUACGCGAUCCUGAGCGUCGGCUGGUUCUCGUUGCUGCUCUCGCAGCUCAAGUACGACGCCCUGAUAUACUGCCAUAUUGUCGUAAAUCUACUGCAGGCGCUGCUCGUCCUCUACGUGUGCGUGUUCGGUCAGCGCAGGGUCAUGUUCCUGCUCGGAAAAACGUGCAACUGCUGCGACUCCGGUGACAACACGGAGGGCCUCGACUGGGGCGAAGAGAUGACAGCCAUCAACGCGGGUUAUUGAAGUGCGCUUGUCCUUUACUGAGCGUGAUUUGUAUUCGAGUCGUGAUCGAGCGAUGACGAUAACGCGUUUAGUAACGCUCAUCACUCACGGAACGAUGAGGAAUGCGUGUGACUCGUGCGAGGCAUGGGAAGCAUUCCAUAUAACAAUCGUUCAAGUGCAAGUAUAUUCGUAUUGAGAAUGUACUCUUCAUAUGUCGCACAAUCGCAAUCACAAAGUCAUAGCGCAUAAACGUAUAUCAAUUACGCGCAAAUUUUACCAGAUGUUUAUCAUAGAUAUAUGCGCAUAUAUUUGUUGAAACCAAAAGAUAUUCUUUAUAUAGAGUGUGAAAAAUGCGUGGAUGUGUCUCUAUUCCAGAAGGAAGCAGUAUUAUGCGUGCGACGACGUUACCUUAAAGAAGUAAACGCGUAGCACGUGCAAGCGAAGAAUAUAUAAGGAAGAAAACAUGUAUCAGAGACGAUAUCGAGAUAGAAAAAUGCGGCAAUAUAUUGUAAAUAAUGAUGCAAUAAUUGAGCUAAGGUGCAAAUUGAAUAUCGAGCGAGGUCGAGAAAGUCGACAUGGAAAAAUUUUAUAAGUUUAAAGAAUUUGUAAGGUAUCAUAUAUGAAAUAUAUAUGAUGCAUUUCGCGAAGAGAGAGUGCCUGAGCCGAUACGAUAAACGAUGAUACUGAUAAAAUUGCGUACGUCUUUCGUAUUUCACGAUUUUGGUGAUUAUGCGUGCCUUAAAAUGAAAAAUCAAAAUCUCUUGCCUUGUAAACACGUACGCUUAUCGAGACAUUUUUAUCACCUCACGAUUUUGACACGUCUAGCAUCUUGCAUUUAUCCAUGACAUAUCAUGUCGCCACAAAUGUACUGACUUAGAUUUUAAUCUAAAUAUAAAAUCGAUAAUUAUAUUAUGCAAUAUCGCUGUUGAUUGAAGAACAGAGUUUGCCAGUGAGCGUAUUGCACAGUAUGAUUAAAAUAUGUGUCACCGAGUCUCAAAUGAUCUUAUAACGAUCAUGUAAUUUUAAUAAUAUUUGUGUUUAGUAUUUAUAUCUAUAUAUAGUAAACCGAUUUUUUGUACCAGAGAGAGAGAGAGAGAGAGAGAGAGAGAGAGAGAGAGAGAGAAAGAAAGA